AAAGGAAGGGAACUUGUGUACAAUAAUACUCUAUAUCUUGUAAAGAGCAUUGAUCUUUCAUCAAAUACUUUACAAGGUGAAAUCCCUGAAGAAAUAAGUAGCCUCAUUCUAUUGGGUACCUUGAACUUGUCUAGGAAUCAAUUGACUGGAAAGAUCCCUUCCGAGAUCGGAAACUUGCAUUGGCUCGAAACACUUGAUCUCUCACACAACCACCUUUCAGGACAGAUUCCUCAAAGCUUGUCAUCUUUAACCUCACUAUCCCACUUGAACUUGUCUUACAACAACUUGUCUGGAAGAAUUCCUUCAGGAAACCAGCUUCAAACGCUCAUUGAUCCGUCCAUUUAUAUGGAAAAUCCAUCGCUAUGCGGCGUUCCUUUCUCAACUAAGUGCCCUGGAGAUGACACUUUCCCAUCUAAGGAUACAAAAGACAUGAAUGAAGGUGGAAAUGAUGAGUUGUGGUUCUAUGUCAGCAUGGUACUUGGCUUUAUUGUAGGCUUUUGGGGGAUUUGCGGCACAUUGAUCUUAAAGACAUCAUGGAGGUAUGCAUAUUUUCAGUUCUUCGACAACAUCAAAGACAAGGUAGCACUAGCAAUUGCAUUGAAAGUGGCUCGUUUUCAAAGAAUGUUUUCUUAUGUUUGAUAGUACUAUGUAUAUUUGUGGUUUCCUUUGUAUUUGGUUUAUAGGACUUGCAACUUAUGUAUUGAAUAAAAAAAAUUCUACCUUUCAAUAAAUGUUCCCACAAACAAUUAUGUAUUAACUUGGAAUUAAUUAAAAUUUCUAGUUUGUA